AACAUUAACGAAAUUUCUGGUAAAAAUUCAGGUCACCCACCGGGUCACACAUUUCCACCCCUUUAAUUCACCUUCAUUCUCUCUAUUCUUCCACCAUUAAUCCACUGUAUGAUCUCUGUUGAAUUCCAUUCCAUUCGAUCGAUUCAAGUAGUUUGCCUUUUCAAUCCAAUAUGUCGAUGUCGGAUUCGGAUUCGCCGUUUCAAGGAGAUAGAAAAUUCAAACAAAUCGGUCACGAUCGAUUAUUGUAUGAAAUGAUCAGAACAGCAAAAAGACCGGACUCAAAAUCAAACUGGAAGGUACUCAUAAUGGACAAAGUUACGGUUAGAGUCAUGUCACACUCAUGCAAGAUGGCUGAAUUAACCGAAGAAGGAAUUUCAUUGGUGGAAGACAUAAACAAGCGAAGACAGCCACUGCCAAAUUUGGAUGCAGUAUAUUACAUCCAGCCAACAAAAGAGAAUAUCGCCAUGCUGUUAGCCGACAUGGCCGGAAAAUCGCCUUUGUAUAAAGAUGCCUACAUCUUCUUCAGUUCAUCCGUUUCGAAAGAAUUAAUUGCUGACAUAAAAAAGGAGCCAUCAAUAAAACCCCGCUUGCGUGCGAUGAAAGAGAUGAACUUGGAGUACUUUGCCAUUGAUAGCCAGUGUUUCAUCACUGAUCAUGGGAAGGCCUUGGAAGAACUUUACGGGGACGAAGAAAUUAGCCGAAAUGUAGAUGAAUGUUUGACAGCAAUGGCUAACCGUAUUGCGACUGUUUUUGCUUCAAUGUUGGAAUUCCCAUUUGUACGUUACCGAGCUGCCAAAUCACUCGAUCCUACUACAAUGACAACAUUAUGUGAUUUAAUCCCUACAAAACUUGCUGCUAGUGUUUGGAAUUCCCUUAUGAAAUAUAAAACUCUCCCCAACUUUCCACAGAUUGAAACAUGCGACUUGCUCAUCUUAGAUAGAUCAAUAGACCAGAUUGCGCCUAUUAUUCAUGAAUGGACUUAUGAUGCCAUGUGCCGUGAUUUACUAGAAAUGGACGGGAAUAAAUACGUUCAUGAGGUUCCGAGCAAAACAGGUGGUUUUGAAAAGAAAGAGGUCCUUCUUGAGGAACAUGAUCCAGUAUGGUUAGAGCUCCGCCAUUCCCACAUAGCCGAUGCUAGUGAACGGUUACAUGACAAAAUGACAAACUUUGUGUCAAAAAAUAAAGCUGCACUGAUGCAUCAAGGUUCAAGAGAUGGUGGUCAGAUAACUACUCGUGAAAUGCAAAAGAUGGUUCAAGCCUUGCCACAAUAUAAUGAACAGAUGGACCGACUAUCCCUCCAUGUCGCUAUUGCGGGGAAGAUUAACAAUAUUAUUCGGGAGACGGGACUUAAAGAUUUAGGUCAACUAGAGCAGGACCUUGUGUUUGGAGAUGCAGGAACCAAGGAUGUCAUUAACUUCCUUAAAGAACAAACGGAUGUAACAGAUGAAUACAAGGUGAGAUUAUUAAUGAUCUAUGCAGCAACUCAUCCAGAGAAAUUUGAGAGUGACGAACUUACGAAGCUAAUGGAGUUAGCGAACCUAUCUCCUGAUGACAUGAAUGCUGUUUACAAUAUGAGAUACCUUGAGGCAGCACCAGAAACAAUUAAAUUUGGUAACAAGAAGCAUGGUCUUAGAAAAGAUCGUCCUUGUGAAGAAGCUUGGCAGUUAAUGCGUUUUUAUCCCAUGAUCGAGGAACUGAUUGAAAAACUUAGCAAAAAUGAACUACCAGUGAAUGAAUACCCAUGUAUGAACGACCCAAGUCCAACUUUUCACGGAGCUUCACAUAAUGUGUCGGCACGCGUUCUUGAUACUCCUUCUGCUCACUCGAUGAGAUCCAGGCGAUCAUCGUUCGCUAGACCCCGCUAUUCUGACGAUGGCUCUUCAAGUGAGUCAAUUCUUAGGCGCACGAUUAGUGAGUAUCAUAAGAUGGGCAAACGUAUUUUUGUUUUUAUUGUCGGCGGAGCAACUAGAUCAGAGCUGCGGGUUUGUCACAAGUUAACAACAAGUUUGAGGAGAGAAAUCAUCCUAGGUUCAUCUAGUCUUGACAAUCCUGCUCAGUUUGUUGAGAAACUGAAGUCGCUGACUCCAACUGUAGACGAAAACGAGAACAAGAAUGAGAACGAUACUGAAGUUGCAGAAACUGAAGUCGUUGAAUGAUCAAUAAAUCUGUUUUUCCCCAACACAAUCAGUGGCGGAUCUAAGAACUUUUCUCACUGGGUUCCUUUUGGUAGAUUUUCAGUAAUUCUCACUAUUUUUUUUUCCAAAUCAUACGAGGUUCUCACUAAUUUUUCCCAUUUUUUCUAAACCGAAUGGGUUCCUGGGAACCCACAAAAGUGGCCUAGAUUCGCCCCUGAACACAAUUCA